ACACGUAACAUCUAAAACAUUGUUUUGACUACCCGGGUCGAUAAAAAUCUCUCCAUCAGUAUACGAAGAUAUCCGCUGCUUUGUGAUGCCAUCACGGCACACUUGACGUUUAUACUCAAUACUGUUAUAUUGAAAAUAUUUAAAAUAAACGGAACCUGAAGAGUAAAGUAAAGGCAAAGACCUGGAAUUAUGUCAUCAAACGCGGAAUGCAAAACCCAAGAAGCAAACGAGAAAGGAAUAUUACAAAAGAUUAGUCGCAUCAUUACCGGUACUUUGGAGAACAUUUUCUACAGGCUUGGUAGAACUGUAGGUGGGAGUCCAUGGAUCACCAUUCUGGUAUCACUGCUUCUUUGUGGUGCCUGUAUGGCGGGAUUUCUGAGGUUUGAACAAGAAAGUCGUGGAGAGAAGCUCUGGGUCCCUCAGGAUUCCAAAGCUCAGGAUGAUAAAGAAUGGGUUGAAAAAAUGUUCCCGGAGGAAUCAGGUCAAGUGAAUUUUAUCCUUGAAAAAUCAAAUGUUUUAAAAGCCGAAGUGAUACAACAGGUAUUUAAAAUUCAUCAAGAGGUUAUGAAUAUAACAAUAACAUUUGAGAACAAGUCUCUUGAGUGGAAAGACAUCUGUUUCAGAAAGGGAGAUAUAUGUUCCCUUGCAUCUAUUCUGGAACUGUGGUCCUUUGAUGAAAAUACGAUAAAUUCGUUAAAUGAUGAUAAAGUAUUAGAAGACAUUAAUAACAGAGGUCCUUUAAGUCCAUAUUCUAAAAGCGCGUUCAACAUAGCCAGACUUCUGGCAGAUAUUAGUUAUAAGAAUGGAAGUAUACGUGGGGCGAAGUUUCUUAAAGCAUCGUAUUUCUAUGAACGGCUUCCAUCCUUGAUAGACCCGACGGAUAAUGUUGAUCCCCGCGGAGGGAAAUGGGAAGAAGCAUUUGGAAAAAUUGUGGAAAAGUACAGUGAUUUACUGUAUAUGACAAGAACAAAAUUCAGAGAAAUCUCUUCUGACGCUAUCGCUGGCGAUGUUAUUCUUCUCACAACGGGAUAUUUUAUCAUUCUGCUUUACGUCAUUAUUAUUCUGGGUAAAUUUACCAGAUUGGAAAUUAAGGCCUGGGUAGCACUUGGUGGUAUUAUAAGUGUAGGAUUAUCAGUCGGUGUAUCGAUGGGUCUCUGCAGUGCUUUUGGAUUUUUUUAUGGACCUGCUCACACAACGCUGCCAUUUCUUUUACUUGGUAUUGGCGUGGAUGAUCUUUUCGUCAUCGUUCAGUCUUGGUCCAAUAUGCCAGAUAAUAUUCAUAAAAGUGAAAGCGUUCAAGAGAGAAUUGGUUUGGCGUUGAAACAUGCGGGACCUUCCAUAACAAUAACGACGUUAACUGAUUUAUUGGCUUUUCUUGUUGGUGUAACAACGAUAAUCCCUGGUCUUCGGUCUUUUUGCUUCUAUGCAGCUGUAGGAAUUCUUUGUGAUUAUAUUUUGCAAACAACAUUUUUCGUAGCCUGGCUGUCAAUUGAUGCCAGAAGAGCUGACAAGCAUCGUGAUGGUUGCUGUUGUUGCUGCAUUCUUCCUCAAGAUUAUAAACCAAAUGAAUGUGGGGAGAAGAGUUAUUUGCAAAUAUUCUAUGAAAAAGUAAUUGGUUCCGGCGUUGUGAAACUACCAGUAAAGAUAUUUAUUUUCCUCAUUGUUAUCGCCCUUCUCGGUGUAAAUAUUUACGGUACAACAGAAUUAAAGCAACAGUUUGAACCAAAAUGGUUUCUUCCUCCCGGUACUAUUGUCAGGGAUUACAUGGACCUGAAUGACGAGAAAUUUGUCCAAGGUGGAUCACCCAUCGCUUUUUAUACAGGAUCGAUUAACUACUUCAAAGAACAAAAAUACUUGUCAGAGAAUACUAUCGACAGUUGGUAUGAAAAAUACAUAGAAUGGGCGAAUAAAAGUGUACCAGAUUCUGUGUACAAUACAAGCCGAACUAUCAAGACUGAGUCUCAAUUUUAUACCGAGUUGAAAAGUUUUCUAAAUAGUUCAAAUGGAAAACGAUUCACCAACGACAUCGUAUGGAAUAAACAAAAGACUGAAAUUGUGGCAACUCGGAUUCGGGCGUUUUUGAAGAUCUUGACGGAAACUCAGGAUCAUGUUAAGGCGAUGGAUAAACUCAGGAAUAUCAUAGAAAAUAUUGGCUUUAGUUCAGAUCCAAUUGUUUACAACAGACUAAUACUGUUUGCUGAAGGCCACAAGGUUAUAUCUCAGGAACUUUUCAGAAAUAUUCUACUCGCCAUGGCAGUCGUAUUUCUUGUAACUUUGGUAAUCAUUGCAAGUCCAGUGAUGUCAGUUCUGGUUUUCCUUUGUGUUGUAUUUACUGUGGUUGACGUAACUGGACUCAUGUACUUUUGGGGUUUGACCAUUGAUACAGUUUCAACUGUAGUAAUAAUUAUCGCUAUUGGUUUAUCAGUGGACUAUGCAUCUCAUGUUGGACACACAUUCUUGGUGAAAUCUGGAAAUAGAAAAGAGAGAACAAUAAAGAUGUACCGGGAUAUUGGUCCAGCGGUCUGGAAUGGUGGUUUUAGUACCUUCCUAGCAAUUGUACCAUUAGCUACAUCUCAGUCACACGUAUUUACCACAUUCUUUAGGAUUCUUUUUGGUGUUGUCGUAUUUGGUGUGUUUCAUGGCCUGUUUUUCUUACCAGCGAUAUUAUCAAUGAUUGGUCCAGCUCCGUACGAGUCUGCUAAGAAAAUGGAAAGUACUUCCAAAGAGGCAGAUUUUGGGAGAAAAGAAAGAAAUGAUAUUGAAAAUGUCGCCUCUCACUCAAACGAGGCAAUAGAAACUGGUACAGAAGUUUAUCCAGUAAAAAAUGGAGGUCCAUUUAUCCUCAACAAUAUGCAGCAAACAAAUAAUGAAACCCUCGCAGCAGCAAACGCUGGCGUUGACGCUGAGGGUGCGAAAGACACCAAACCUAACGGGAGGAUUUCUGUGGUGGAGAUGCAUUUAUAGCACAUUCUGGUACAUUAAUUUGGUUACUGGAUUAAAUUUUUAUCGGCCAAGAAUAGGCUACAACACUGCUCUAAAAUAAUGAAUAAGUAAUCAAGUUGACAUGAAAAUUGUAACUAUAUAGAGCAUGUUCCUGUAGGUUCUAGUCUUUUAGACACGAUAUUAGAUACAUGAAAGAUAUAUAUAUUUCUUACAUGAUAUUUAUGCACGAUCGAUGUGUGGUACGGGAUGUGUUCUUCCGCACAUUUCAUUGUAAACUUAUGGAAGAUUUUUUAGGUUUAGUAUUGCACUUCGUUCCUGACUUCUAAAAUUUUUUGUAAAGCUAUUGUGUGUACAUGGUUGGUAGGACAUCCAAGA